AUGGGGAGCCUCGCCUCCUCCCUUUGCGGCGGCCGGCCGGGCGAGGCCGCUGGCGGCGGCGCCGUGCUGGCCGCGAGGGUGGGGCCGCCCGUCGCCGCGCUGAGGAAGCCAGGGGAGUGCGUGUUCACUGAGGAGUGGAGUCCGGCCAAGCUGGGCGCUCGUGAAACCAUCUCUCACGACACGAUCUUGUUGACAUUCGAGCUGCCAGACCCGAGCAAGCCGCUGGGUCUUUCCACGUGCGCCUGCAUGCUGGCAAAAUGCACCGUGGACUCUGAGGCGGUCAUAAGGCCAUACACGCCAGUCUCGACGAACGCUCUGGUAGGCAAGUUCCAGCUGCUGGUCAAAGUCUACAAGGACGGCAAGAUGUCGCAGUACAUGAAUAGCAUGCCCAUCGGGGAUUCGCUCGACUUCAAGCACAUUGACAAGAACGUCAAGAUCCAGUACCCGUUCGGCAGGAAAAAGCUGACGAUGCUGGCCGGGGGCACUGGUAUCACACCGAUGAUGCAAGCCCUGCAUGCGAUUUUGGGAACGCCAGGCGACACUACUGAAGUAACGCUGAUAUUUGGUAACAAGUUGCCCCAGGACAUCAUGUGUUUAGAGCUCAUAGAGGACUGGGCAUCGAGGAAGCCAGAGCGCCUGAAGGUCGUGCACAUCCUUUCAGAUGUCGGCGAGGACGCGGGCUGGAAAGGCGCCCGGGGCUUCAUCACGAAGGACGUCGUGAAGGAGCACGCCGCUCCGCCCUCCGAGGACACCCUCGUCAUGGUGUGCGGGCCCCCGCCCAUGUACGCCGCGCUCUGCGGCGCCCGCGACGACGCGGAGGUGACCGGCGCGCUGGCCGAGCUGGGCUACCGGAAGGAGCACGUCUUCAAGUUCUGA